AUGGAGUUCCCUAGCAAGUUGGUGUUGUUGUUCCUGAUAGCCAUACUGUCGUCAACACAGUCUCAAUCGGCUACGAGCCCUCCAGCCCCAGUCCCCUUCAGCCCUGCACCAGCUCCAGCACCAACUUCCCCAUACGUUAACCUCACCGAUUUGCUUUCAGUAGCCGGCCCUUUCCAUGAAUUCCUGGGCUACCUCCAAUCGACGAAAGUAAUCGACACAUUCCAGAACCAAGCGAACAAUACCCACCAAGGAAUCACCCUCUUUGUCCCUAAAGACUCGGCUUUUCGAGCACUCAACAAGCCACCACUCCCUUCCUUGUCCAAUGUCUCCGCGGACCAGCUCAAGCAGAUCAUGCUCUUCCACGCAUUGCCUCGGUUCUACUCUUUGGCCGACUUCGACAAGCUCAGCCAGAAGAACCCUGUGAGCACAUUUGCGGGUUCCGGCCAGUUUGCACUCAACUUCACUUACACCAACGGGUUGAUCCGGAUUGAUUCUGGUUGGAGCCAGACUAAGUUGAGCAGUGCUGUGCAUUCGACUAACCCCGUGGCUAUAUACCAAGUUGAUAAGGUGCUGCUCCCUGAGGCCGUCUUUGGGGCCGAUAUCCCACCAAUGCCGGCUCCUGCUCCUGCUCCUGAGAAGGCGGCGAGCCAAGCUCCCGACGCAGAUAGUCCUUCUGCUGAUGCCACGUCGGGGAAAGGAGGGAAGGGUUCAGGGGAUUCUACUUCAUCAGCUGGUUCUGCUGGGCUUGGUUUGUUGAGCAAGUUGGUGGUUGCUUGCGGAGGAGUGAUGAUGUUGUUGUUGUGA